ACAAUAUGAAAUAAAACUAUAUCGUACAAAUUAAAAAAAACCCGGCAUCUAGCGGUUGUUAGCAGAAGUGCUUAGAUAACAAAUAGAGUGAAAAGCAGCACAAAAGACAAGACCAAAAUUAAAAUUUGUUAUUGUGUAUAAGAAAGCAGCAGUGACAACAGCUGUGCCGUAGAUAAAAUUGGCCUUCGAUUAAGAAAAUAAUUUAUGUUUUAAAAUAUUGAAAAAUUGUGUAAAUUGUGUUAAAAUUUUAGUGCAUUUAAUUUAACAUAUUUAUAAUAAAAUGUGUGGUGGAUUCACUUGUUCCAAAAAUGCGCUUAUAGCGCUGAAUAUUUUAUAUGUGAUGGUCGGCUUUCUUUUGAUUGGAGUUGGGGUUUAUGCACGUGCUGCGUCGAUUGUAACGAAUCUUCCAAUAGUCGGUGGCAUAUUGGCUUGUGGUGUCAUACUGAUAAUGAUAUCGAUGUUGGGACUUGUUGGAGCUGUUAAACAUCAUCAAGUUAUGCUCUUUUUCUACAUGAUAAUUUUAUUCCUAUUAUUCCUCAUACAAUUCUCGAUCGCGAGCUCAUGCUUAGCUGUAAGUUCAGAGCAGCGUCAAGAAUUUGCGGAACAAGGCUGGAAUGAAGUAUCGGAUACUACACGUAAGCAAGUUCAGGACAAUUUCCUUUGCUGCGGCUUUAAUUCAACUAGCUCUGUACCUGACGGUUCUUGUGAGCUUAUCAACAAGCAAUGCUGUGCUGGAUCCGAUGUAGAAAAUUGCGCUUGCGAUCCAUGUUUAACGAAAUUGGAAGAGAAAAUUGAUUAUGCUUUCAAAUUGUGCGGUGGUCUCGGCAUAUUCUUUAGUUUUACUGAGUUCUUUGGUGUAUGGUUAACAGUACGGUACCGCAAUCAAAAAGAUCCACGUGGCUUACCCAGCGCUUUUCUUUAAAGCUUACAACCACUCACCGAGCACAUACACACUAUACCUUAUAGUGCAUAACUGUGCAAUAUAUACAAAACAAUAUACAUAUGUAUAUAAAUAUAUGCAUAUAUAUAUACAAAAUUUCAUAUGCAUUUUCAUACUGUAUUUAUAUACUAAUUUACAUUUAUAUUUUAACAAUAAUACGGUUUUAGGGUUUCCUGCGCACCAACUCAUAUACAUAUAAACUAGAAACUAGAAUCAAUCAUGCAACUAAAUGUUUUCAAACUGUAACUCAUCACUAUCUUAAUAAGUGUCUGUACAUUAUAUGUGUAUUUACUCAAUAUUUUAAUAUUUUAUUUAAUAUACCUAUGACAGAAAUGUAUUAAUAUUAAACUAAU